AUACAACAACAUCCACAACUAUGUCUUCCCAUCAACAGAAGCAGCCCAGUGUCAUACCUCCUCAGCUCCAGCAGCAGCAGGUGAAACAGCCCUGCCAGCCACCUCCCCAGAAGCCAUUUGUUCCUCAAACCAAGGAGCCAUGCGACCCUCAGGUUCCAGGGACAGGCACCAUCAAGCUGCCAGAGCCAUGCUACCCUGAGGUCUCAAAGCCAAACCAGCCUCAUGUCCCAGGGACAGGAACCACCAAGGUUCCAGAGCCACACUACCCUCAGGUCCCAGUGCCAAGCCAUCCUCAGGUCCCAGGGACAGGAACCACCAAGGUUCCAGAACCACACUACCCUCAGGUCCCAGUGCCAAGCCAUCCUCAGGUCCCAGGGACAGGAACCACCAAGGUUCCAGGGCCCUAUCCCACCACAGUUACUCCACCUCUUAUGCAAGAGAAGUACCCACAGGUCCCCAAGACCAAGCAGAAGUAAGAUGACCCAAGAUCUCAUCCUCAUCCUCCGUGGGACAAACUUCUGAUUGCUGAAAUUCCCUUUUCAUUUGCUGUCAAGCCCAAAUGCCUCUGCUAUCCCCCUUAGAAGUUUUGAGCUCAUAAUUCAUAUGCUGAAAUGAAUUAGCAAAAUUGCUUUCCUUUUUGUUAAUUGAAAACAUUGAAAAUUGAAAAAAUCCCAUCCUGAGAUCCCUAAGCACCUGUAUCAGCCUGAAGCUGUAGCUAGUUGCUCAGGCCUCAGCUGUCAAAGCUCUA